GAUUCUAUUUGAUAUUAUAUAAAUGGCGGAUCGUAAGACAGAUGUUGCUCAUACGCUAGCCGAUGCCUUACAGAAAAUAGAAAAUAUAUUGUCUGAUGAUCGAAAUCAGGCCCAUUAUUUAGCAGAAGAUAUUCUUCAUCCCAAUGACAAUGACAACCCAGAUGAUUUGACUCUGAGAAUUCGCAAUUAUGCCGUUGAGCUUGGCUCGUGUGUUGAACGAUUAGAUAAAAAUUUUGACAGUAAAAUAAAUAUUCCUAGAGACACCAUUAAUACUUUGGCAAAAUGGCUACAGCGGUUUGAGCCAACACAGCUAUCCCAUGAAGAAAGAAAACCCCAAGUAUUGAAUGAUGAUACCUCUGCAGAACUGCUCAAGUGUCGUAAAAAAAUUAAACUUCUUGAAAACGAGAAGGAUUCACUUUUGUUGCAAGUCAGUGUACUAACUGAUCAAGUUGAAGUGCAAGGUGAGAAGAUGAGAGAGCUGGAGUUCUUAAGAGAUGAACUACAAAUUAAACUGGUAGACUUGGAGGAGACAGUGAAUGAGGUUAAAAGAGAAAAGGAUUUAAAAGUCAUGAUCAAUAAAAAUGGCACAAAUGAUGAAACAUGGAUAUUAAAGGAGAAGGAAAUGGCAGAUGAAAUAGCAAAAAGAGAUUUGGAAAUUGAGGACUUAAGAACUCAUCUGGAAACUUUGCUUGAUGAAGAAGAGAGAGAGAAACGACUUUCUUGGAAUAGCGAAUCAGGAAACAAUAUGAGUAUGAAAACACAACUAAGAGAAAAAGCAUCAGAAGUGAGCAGACUGAAAAUAAAGCUGGAAAAACUAACAGAAAUACUGUCAACUAAAGAAAAUCAGAUAGAGGAUUUGGAGAGACAACUACAUGUAAAUACCUCAAAAUCAAGUAAUGAAGAUGCAAGAAGUGAUACAUGCAGUGUCAAUAGCUCAGUCACAAGUGAUGCCUUCACAGAACAAAAUAAGAAAGAUGAUGCUAAAGAUGUUUUUUCAAAUCAAAAAUCAUUGAAUGCUGUUGAGAAUGGUCAAGAUGAAAUACCAGGGGAGGCAACGUGUAUAUUGCUCAAUAACAAUGCAGAAGCACGUCGUGCACUGGAAAUGAAAUCAAGUCCAGCAAAGAAGACAGAACAACCAGUAAAUAAUCUUCAAACUCCGCUAAAGAGAGAUGGUAAAACAAGGUCAUCAUUUGGUAAAGGUUUCCUAAAGUUUAAGAGAACUCGGAGCUUCAGCGAACCAAACUUAUCUCCUACUGAACAAAGUUCGACCGAAGGAUAUAACAAUAAGGGUACCGAAAAUCAUAAUAACCACAACGACAAGAACAAAAAGAAAAAUAUAGUGGGCAAAGUAUUUGGGAAACUGCGUCGUUCUAAUUCGCAAGGAUUAGAAUCAGCAAUGAAAAACAAUGAUACAGUAAACCAAAGAAAACUCCAUUCUGAUGUUCCGUUUUCAUCUUGGAAUACAAAUAUGGUAAUAAGUUGGUUAGAAGAUGAAGGUUUAGGACAGUAUUCUGACGUUUGUUCAUGUUAUAUCACGUCCGGUGAUGAUCUCGUCAAGAUGACAUCGGCAGACCUGGAGAAAGUUUUGGGAAUGAAGAAGAUGUUGCAUCGAAAGAAACUCCAUUUAGCGUUGCAGGCUGUCACAGAAGUCCAAGAAGACGUGAUGGAACAGUUGGAUAACAACUGGGUCUUAGAUUGGUUGGAAGAUAUUGGACUUCCUCAGUACAAAGAUUCAUUUCGUGACAAUAUUGUUGAUGGUAGAAUGCUGAAUUAUUUGACCGUGAAUGACGUACUCCAGCUCAAAGUAUAUAGCACGUUUCAUCAAUACAGUCUGAGAAGAGCUAUCCAAUGUUUAAGAGUGCAUAAUUUUCAUCCCAAUUAUUUAAAAAAGUCACCAAUUGAUGAAUCAUGGCAGCAAGGUGCUCAUGUGGUACUUUGGACAAAUCAUCGUGUUAUAGAAUGGUUAAGACAAGCUGACUUGUCAGAGUAUGCCACGAACCUACGGGGCAGCGGCGUUCAUGGAUCACUAAUGAUAUUGGAGCCAAAGUUCACAGCAGAAAGUAUGGCAACAAUCCUGUCUAUACCGGCUGGCAAGAAACUACUCCGACGUCAUUUAGCGACGCAUUUUGAAUCGUUAAUUGGUCCAGCUUGUAUGAAGUUGAAAGAAAAAGCCUCAGCAAAUGGUCUUGCUCCAAUAUUACCAGGCGAGAAACACAAGACCAGAAAAUUGUCUAUUGGUGGAAUGCGAAAACGAACAAAAUCUGAAGCUGAAUACGAGGAGUAUGUUUGCCCCAUGGAUACCGAAGUCCCAGCACCUUUGCAGAAAAUAUUCUCACCAAGACAAAGAAAAAAUGAGAAUGUUCAACAGGGUCUGUUACCCAAUCAAAAGGCUAGAGGGGACGAGCAGGGCGAUGAUGAAUUAACCAAAUCGCUUGGAACAUUUUCAAAAGAACUGAAUUCCCUGACGGAUAUGUUAGGUCAUGAUGAUGCAAGUGAAAGAUGAUACUACGCUAUAUAUAUACAGAUACACAAAACUUCAAAAUCAAACGUUCAUUGUAAUUUAAUGUAAAUUUUGUAAGAUAGCAUCAACUUUAGCACAACUGAAAUACACCAGGCCUGUA